AUGCUAGCACUAUUCCAUAUCCUCCUCAUAUCAGGGUCACGCGCAUCCCCGUUAAGUGAUGGGAAUGUGAACGCGCCUGUUGGUAUUUCCAUCUCUUCCUCUAACCAGACAUGUCCUUAUUCAACGCCCGCAGUAGCCACACACGUAAUCAUGAUUGGAGUUUGA